AUGAAUCAGACAUCUUUCGAUCUUCCUAUUAUCCUAGGCUCAUCGUCAAAAUACCGAGCAGAGGUUCUCAGACAACACCAUAUUCCAUUUACUGUGCGAGUUGCCUCCAUAGAUGAAAAGUCUGUAGGUGGAUCGUAUCGAACCCAGCCUGAUCCCGAUGCAUUGACACUGACUGUAGCUCAAGCCAAGAUGGAUGCUUUGUUGGCUACUUUGCCUACAGAUACACAACCCUCUCUUGUCAUGACUUGUGAUCAGGUUGUGUCAUUCAAGGGCCAAAUCAGAGAAAAGCCUGAAACCAAAGAGAAAUGUCGAUUGUAUUUGGAAAGCUAUGCCGAAGCACCAGCAGAAACUCAUUCGGCAGUAGUUGUGACCAACACUGCAACAGGCAAAAGAGUUCAAGGAGUCGAUGUAGCUCGACAGUAUUUUAAGAAAAUUCCUUCCAAUGUCAUUCAAGCACUUGUUGAUAAAGGAGAUGUCAUGCACUGCUGUGGUGGAUUUCUAAUCGAAGAUGCUAUUUUGCACCCAUACAUGUUGCACAGAGAAGGAGAUGACGACUCGAUUAUUGGAAUGCCAAUUAAGCUACUCCGUCGUUUGCUACUAGAAGCAUCCAGCUCAAUGUGA